CCGUUGCGCCCGACAAAUGCGAGUCUGCUGCAGAUUGCCGAUCCAGUCUCCAAAUCGAAGAUGUCACAAAUCGUCCUUAAGCCGUACAGCUCGGGCCGCGUUGGCUGGAAAGCAAGCGGCCUCGGCGUCAAGGAGUGGCAGAUUGCCGAGUCGACGGCCCUCUGUCUCAUCACUGAUGGCACGUACACCACUGCUAUGUUCAACGCUAGCUUGGAAGAGCUCAACGCCGAGUCUUUGUUGCACACGACGCGAACCAUGCUGCUAAUGCGAUUGCAGGUCCAGUGGCCGCUCUGCGGCAUCACGUUGGUAUGUUUCGCGGGCGCGGGCCUCAGCAUCCUGCUGCCCAUAAUAUCCUCCUCCAACAUGGACGACGGCCACAGCUUUGCACCCAAGCCGCACGGAACCAUGGUGGUUCCGAUUGUUCUGACUAGUCUUUGGCUCGUUGCAACCUGUUGCUUGCUGGCGCGCGCGCGCAUGCUCAUACUGGCGCUCAAGGACCAGCUCGAUGUCUACAUUGCGCGCAUCAACGCCCGUGACAACUUGUAUGGCGUUCAGUGGUUGUACCGUGAGAUCCGCCACCCAGGCGCGGGCGACAAUGAAUGCUGGACCGAGCACGAAAUCGUUGUCAAGCGGCUCGCGUUCGCGGUUCCCAUCGUCAAAGUGGUCGCGUGA